GAUGGGGGCGGGGGAGCCAUCAACGGCCACACACUGUCCCAUUCUGCACCGACCUUCGCUGCAACAUGUUCACUUACGAGGACCUAGUCGCCGCCUUAGCGUCGUGGUUCAGGAGCCACACCGGCCCUGGUGGAGUCUUCAGCGACGAAGUGACGUCGACGACCACACCGUGGCUUGAGGGGCACCUGCGUUUGACCCUGGGCGGGGUGGCCGACGAGGGCCUACACCCACUCCUGGAUCGCCUGGACGCGGACGGACAGUGGCUGGCCUCACUUCAGGCAUGGCUGCACAUCAACCGCCACCUCCUGGCCAACCUGUCACCGCUCGUGGCCUUUGCGACCUGGGCCGGGUAUCGUCUCGACGAACUCAGCCUGCCCGGGGCGGGCCUCGAUGUGGGGGGAAAUCCCCCAGGACCCUCGCUGCGUCCUUCCGCCCCGGCGGCUCAGGAGCAGCCGUCGUGCUCUUCGUGGUGUCCAUGCGGCUGCGCGGGGUUCGAGCCACUCAAGCGGUGCUCCUCUUCUGAUUCUGGGCCGCAGACGCCCGUCCAGAGGCCCCAGGGAGCCCCGUCAAGCCAAACCCCUUCCCCCCCCCCAUGAUAAUUGACCUGACCCUCACCCCCUCCCCCGCCCCGGCUAACCCCUCCUCAGUUCUGAUCAUAAUCCCACCGCCCUCGUCCUCAUCAAUUCAGACCCUCACCCCUCCGCCCCCCUCCCCGGCCAUUACCAUCAACUCCUCACCCCCUUCAGCCCUCUCCUCUCUCCCCCCACCCUCCCCAAUACUCCCCGUACUGGCGACCAAGCUCACCAGAUGGCCACGAAGGGUGCUAUACGUACAAUCCCUCAGAUCCGUGUUACUGCUUCAGGGUCGAGGAAGUCAGGGACCCCGAAAUUCCAACUGAUAGGGAGCAUCGUGAGGUGCUCGUCACAGAGGCGGAGGAACGAGAAGGCCAUUCCGAGGAAGAUCCGUCAGGAGAGCAGCCACCACCGGAUCCGAUGGGCUAGGGAGCUCAGUAGCCAGCAGGGAGCAGCAGCCGUGACCAAUGUACCAGUUUACUCCUCCUUAGUAGAGCAGCAGUGUUCCUUUGACGAGUUGAAUAAACUUAACAAACAUUA